CAAUCUGCACCCUAAGACUUUCCACCAUUCACCAUUUGUGGCCAGCCCACGCCGCAGUCAACGACCUACUUCAUACAUCUGUGCCAACGACUAGCCUCGCUCAGUACCGUAUUGCGUUGUGCCGUUGCCCCUCUCAUUUACCGCCACACCUUGACCUGGCUCGCCAUGGAUAUCCCGCCUGACGAGAGAUCUCCGCUACGUCAAUCAGGCCCAGCUGACCCAGCCCCAGAGCACCAGAAUCACGACUCAAGUGAUGCGGAGGUCGAGCCACUGCCGAAAGGCUUCAGGUUCCUUGCCAUCAUCGGGAGCCUCAUGCUAUGCUGCUUCCUCGCAGCCCUGGACAUGACCAUAGUGGCUACGGCGGUGCCGGCCAUCAGCGACACUUUCCACUCCCUAGGCGACAUUGCCUGGUAUGGCUCUGCGUUCUUUCUCACACAGACGACAUUCCAGGCAACUUGGGGCAAGAUCUAUGGCAUCUUUGACCUCAGGGCGGCAUUCGCCGUGUCGAUUCUUACCUUUGAGAUUGGAUGCAUCGUGUCCGCCGCUGCGCCUAGUAGCGCCGCCGUUGUGAUCGGCCGCGUGAUUUCUGGUAUCGGCGCGUCUGGCAUCAUCGGGGGCGUCUUUACCAUUAUUGCCUUCAUCACAAGCGAGGCCUGGCGGCCGGUGUGCAUCGGCAUCAUUGGGACCACAUUCGGCUGCGCGAGCGUGAUCGGGCCUCUUGUCGGGGGUGUUCUCACGAGCCACCUCUCGUGGCGCUGGAUAUUCUGGAUCAACCUGCCCAUUGGUGGGCUUGGGCUGCUGUGCCUGUUUACCUCCUUCACGACGCCAAAGUCUGCAAAGAGGGCGCAGAAGGAUGUUUGCUGGAAAAGCUUGUUGCUCGAGCUGGACCUUGUGGGCAACAUCCUGACAACAGGGUCCGUGGCGUGCUUCACCCUGGCGAUGCAGCACGGCGGCACAUCUGUUCCCUGGAGCGAAGACUACAUCAUCACUUUGCUUGCCCUGUCAGGCAUCUUUCUGGCCGCCUUGGUGCUCAAUGAAUGGUCCAUGGGCGAGCGGGCGCUCAUUCCGACCCGCCUCAUUGCACAGUGGCCCGUGUGGCCAAACUGCGCCUUUACCUUCUUCAUCUCGGGAACCUACUUCCCGCUGCUGUACUUCCUGCCAGUGUACUUCCAGGCUGUUCAAGGCGUGAGCGCGCAGGAUAGCGGCUUGCGCAACAUGCCGCUCGUUGUGGCCGUCUCCCUGUUCACCGUCUUGUCCACGUCCUUUAUGGGGCGGACAGGACGAUGGACGCAGCCUCUCUUGCUCGGCUCCAUGCUAUCCGUCGCCGGAGCGGCGUUGAUCUACGUGCUCGACGCCGAGUCGCCUGCACCAAGCUGGAUCGGCUACCAGGCUGUCGUCGGUAUUGGCAUCGGCAUGGCCAUGGAGGUCCCUCUAGUGGCGAACCAGAAAGCAAAACCCCUCAAGGAUAUCUCUGCCAUUGUUGGGAUGACCAUGUUCUUCGAGCUCGCCGGUGGUGCUGUCUUCAUGGCCGCAGGUGAAGCUAUCUUUGCAAACGGCCUGUUGCGCACGCUGAGCCGCGUGGCCCCGAAACUCAAUGGCCAGGAUGUCCUCCAUCACGGCGCGCUGAACAUAAGAGAGACGUUUGGCGACGAUGCGCCGGCCGUGCUGGAGGCGUACAUGGGCGGUAUCACGGACGGGUUCAUCAUGUGCCUGAGUUGUGCGAUCGCGGCCACGGUGGUGGCCAUGGUGGUAGCUCCCACAAUCAUGCUUCGCCGUGGCGGGGAUAGGAGAGACGAGGCAGAGGCCGUUCAAAGUUAGUGUCCGGGGCGACUGCCUGUUCGUGAUGAUGAUGGAAAAGCUGUAGCUUGCAGGGGCGUUUCGGGCCACGCACGACUGUGGCGCUUGCAGGGGGGCCGGCAAAUGACCAUUGCUGCUCCAGGCCCGCGUACAGCGGCAUCGGCGGCAAAAGUCAUUGAGACAAUUGUACAAAGUACAGUACUUUAUACAGCUCUCAAUGGCAGACACGACUG